GGGUUCCAAUGAACGAGAAUCGCGGUCUUCAGAGUCACGUUCAGAUGAUCCACUAAAUGACGGCAUGGUGCCAUCAAAAAAAUCUCGCUCGGAUUCGGUAAUUGCAGACUUUAACGCUUGUGAUGUUCUCAGGGUCAGGUGAGACUUGCUCUUCUGCUUGCCGUGUGAGCUAGCGCCUAUUGAAAAAAAGUAAAAACACUGCAAGAGUUGAGAGAAAACACAAUAUAUUUAAUAAAACGCUUUAAAAUCGUAAAAAGAAAUUUGUCGACGAUAAUAAUUAAGAAAAACUUAUGUUAUGUACAAAAAAAAGCUUAACUUUAAAGCGAUAUCAUACAUACAUUUGGUUUUGAAAAUGGUUGAUACACUUUCAGAAAGGGCAACAAUAACCUAUAAAGCUGGUAAAUGUCAUAAACAAGUACUUUAACUCAAAUUCAGUAAAUGGGCAUGUAAUAAUGCUACAACAGCGUAAUACAUGCAAAAAUCGCCAUUGUAGUACCAAUUUUAUGGUCAUCGAGUAAGACUGACGGUGUUGUGGUUUGAUUUGUGAGUGGCGUCACCACGUUUAUAGCCAACGCUUGAUGUACAUAUGUUUUUUUCGUAAAGUUGCUGAUGUUUUCGAACUAAUGACGCAUAUUGAUUCUCUCUUCUUCUUCUCUUUUCUUUUUUUAUUUCUUUUUGUAAGUAUAUUUUUUAGUUCAAUUUCUCUGCUUCUGAUUCCAUAUUGAACCGGUGCAGGUGUCAUACGCCUACAUACUGCAAAGCACAACUAUUACAUCGUUCUCCCGACUGCACUAAUAUCAACUUCUUAAUUCGAACAUCAUUGAAACGCCGUUGCAUAAAUUUGUAUAUUUGGAUUUUUUAUGCAAAUAUUUAACUGGUAUCCAAAAAUAUUUAGUUCCUCUUUUCUUUGACUAAAUUUUCAAGAAAAAGAUUAACCCAUGUGAUCCAUUAUAAGCAGAGAAAAACGACCAAGCUUUGACUGUGAUCAACAUUUUUAUUCUUCGUAUAUAAUAUACAACUUUUCAAUUAACUUUAUAAUAAGGAAGUUUGAAAAGCGAAUAAUAUAUUUGGUAACAUAGUCAGCUUUUACAAACUUAUAGUUACAAAUUUUGUUAGUAAAGGUAUAUAUUAUGUUUAUGUUUUGUUUUGUUUGGAUAACUUCUGUUUUUGGAAAUAUUAAUAUAAACGUAAAAAACGUCUUUGGGAAGCAUUUGCUAAGACAUACUCAAUUUAGAAUUUUCUAGAUACUUGCAUGCUAAUAUACAUUUUUAAAUCUAAUUGUUUUGUAAAAUAUUUUUUUCCUUGGAAAGUGCAAAAAAAUUUUAAAUUCUUCAGUUAUUACAAACAAACUGCUUUUUCAUAUACAUAAAUAAUUAUAUGAUCGUUUAUACAUACUUACAUAAAUCGAGAUGUUCUAUUUUCUAUACCCCUAACCAGUGCUUCUGGCAGAUAAAAGCUAUAAAUUACCCAUGUUCAAAUGAUUUGUUUUCACAAUCGACAGAAAUAAAUAAUAGUAAAUAAAUUACAUUUAUAGUACAUGCGUAAAAAAAUCAUAAAUAUCCCGAAAUUCCUUAAUUUUUUUCACUGUUGCUCUCUUAUUAUCUUUUCAGCGGAUUUUAUUUCUUUUUUUAUUUUUUUCUCUUUUAUUAAACGUGCCCUUGAAGUGAUUCAAAACCACACUCACCCACUUCUCACAGUGACAAUGUAUAAAUGUGUCCAAUAAAAACGUUUAAGCCAAUUGCGUUAGCAUCACCAAAUGUUGGAGAGGGCAAGAGAUUUUUGAGAUGAAAUAAGGUCGCUUCAUUAAUUCUAUUCUAUAUUUCUGUACUAGUUAACUAUAUGGUACGCGGAAAGGGGAUUUACAUGUGAUAAAACAGAAGUUCUAUAUUUUAUAAAUAUGUAAAUAUACAUAUUUUUUUAAAUUUAUUUGACGAGUAACUGCUUUGCAUCAAAUUAAUUGAAUUUAAACAUAAAUAUAUUUAAUUAUAAGGUGUACACUAUGACAAUUUUUAAUAAGUUCAUAAAAUUGGCAAUUAUUUUGUAUUUUUUUUAACAGUUAAGUCCGUUGGUCCGUGUUAUUUUUAAAUUUUGACUUUGGCAUACGCGCACUUCAAUUUUCCAACCGUAAUUAGCCCUAUCACUAGUGCCAUUCAUUUAUGCUUGUGUUAUAUUGUAUGUAUGUUUGUAUGUAUUUUUCAUCAGCUUUUUGUGUCAUUAUGGGCAUUUAAUAUACAUACCUAGCCAUAGCCGCAUAUCUAAGCCUAAGUUCAAUUUAAGCAUUAACCAGGGUAUAUUUGCGUAAAUCCCCGUUCCGUGCAUCUUUCUUAUUACAUGUUUCAUAUACAAAAAAGUCAAUUUGUUCACGUAUUUUGGAUUUAUACAGACUACUACGUAUUUUAUUUUAAUUUUUUUAAUGUUUGGGUGCUUUUUCUUUCAUUCUUACAUUUUGCAGCUUUUCUCAAAAAUAAACCAAAAAUAUGACAUACAAAGAAUGAAAUGUCUUAAGUCGCCAAAUAAAAAUUAUUAACGCGUGCCACACAUUGCGUAUGAAAAGUAUGCGUUAAACAAAUGAAAAACUGCUACUACUAGCCUGAUAAUUGUAAGUUUUACAACUUUGCUGCGUACAACAACAAAACAUAAAAAAAACAUUAGUAUGAAUGCAUGUGAAUGAGAAAGAAAUGUAGAUAAACGACUUUACUCAAAAAUAGAAUAUACAAUAAGUAACCGAUUAACAACACCUGUUGCCGUGAAUUGCGGUGUCGUUGGCCAAACAAAAAUAAACAAAAAAAUCCAAAGUGGUUUUAACGCUUAAAUAAUAGCAACAACCAAACUCGAUUGACUGUUAUGAAAGUUGCAGCGAAAGUGAAACUUAAAACCGCACUCAACGUAUGCACAACGCUCGAUAAAGCUGAUACGCGCACGCGCGCGUCCAGAGAAGAUAUGCGCUUAGAAAGCUUCAAAACGUGUUGUUUAUUAAUGUUUUUUCUUUUUGUCUUUAUCUUUCUUGCAGGCGUCGAAUUAUCUUUUGUUUCCAUUUCAAAAAAUUAAAUAUAAUGGUAUGUGAGCCAACAAGUGAGUGUAAUGCGCUACGUUAUUGUGGGAUCUAAUAAGGGUUUGCAUAAAUUCAACCAAACAAAAGAACUAAACUUUAAAUAUGAAUGGCUAAAUAAGAUACCAAUAAUGAAAAUUAAGGAAGCCACUAAUUAGUUAUGAAAAUGUUACAAAAAUAAUAAUAUUUAGUGAUUAAAGAUGCGGAAAAAUUAUAAUACAAUGUCAAAAAACCUUUUUUUGGUUUUCUCAUGAAUUUCUUGUUUACAUGUUGAUGAUUUUUUGUGAUUUACAUUCUUUUCAUAGUUAGUCAAACAAAAGGACCACUGACGUGUAAUAAGCGAGCAUUACGGUAUGACACUCACUUAUUGACACAUAUAUUUAUGAAUAACAAUGAACCACAGACUCUAUACGAUCGAUCGAAUGACUCUUGUGAUUUUUUCAACCACAAAAUAAGAAAAGUGUUCUUCGCGCUUUCACCCCUCAAAAACUCCUUUCAACACAGCUGGAACAACACAUUGCUUGUUGCUCUAUUUACCAACAAACGUUUUGUUGGGUAAAUUAAUUUGUGCGCUAUUAAUUAAUAUUCCUAAUAUUCUAGGCAAGUCCUCGGAACCGAAAAUUCCAUACAUUUCGCAGCCAAUUUAUGAUCUGAAACAGACAGGCGAUGUGAAAUUCGGUCCUGGUACACGUUCGGCACUACUUGGCUUAUUGGGUGGUGCACUACCAAAACUCAGUUCCGAUCAACAUGAUACGGUCAGUAAGGCUAAGAAAUAUGCCAUGGAGCAAAGUAUUAAAAUGGUAUUAAUGAAACAAACAUUGGCGCAUCAGCAGCAACAAUUGGCAUCACAACGUACACAGGUGCAGCGCCAGCAGGCACUCGCUCUCAUGUGCAGAGUGUAUGUCGGCAGUAUUUCAUUUGAACUAAAAGAGGAUACCAUACGCGCGGCUUUUCUACCUUUUGGCCCAAUAAAAUCGAUCAACAUGUCUUGGGAUCCCAUCACUCAGAAGCACAAAGGUUUCGCUUUUGUUGAAUAUGAAAUUCCUGAAGGUGCACAAUUAGCAUUGGAGCAAAUGAAUGGCGCAUUAAUGGGUGGCCGUAACAUUAAGGUGGGCCGCCCUAGCAAUAUGCCACAAGCGCAGCAAGUGAUUGAUGAGAUACAAGAGGAAGCAAAAAGUUUCAAUCGCAUUUAUGUUGCCUCCAUACAUCCAGAUUUAUCCGAAGAGGAUAUCAAAAGUGUUUUUGAGGCAUUUGGUCCAAUUUUAUAUUGCAAAUUGGCGCAAGGAACAUCAUUGCAUACACACAAAGGUUAUGGUUUCAUCGAAUAUGCCAACAAACAGGCCAUGGAUGAAGCUAUCGCCAGCAUGAAUUUGUUCGAUUUGGGCGGCCAAUUACUGAGAGUGGGCCGUUCGAUUACACCGCCAAAUGCUUUGGUUUGCGCUUCCACGAAUUCCACAAUGCCCACAGCCGCUGCUGUGGCCGCCGCUGCCGCCACCGCUAAGAUACAGGCACUUGAUGCAGUUGCCAGCAACGCCGUGCUUGGCCUUUCUGCAACUACUCCCACACUGGGUAUUUCUCCAUUAGCUGCAGCAGCUAAGGUGGGCGCAUUGCCAAUUGCUGCUGCCGGUGCAUUACAUCCACCAGGUCUUGCCGUACCUGCUGCUACUGGCGGUGCCGCUGCAUUCCUACCCGCUGGCGUCUUCCAAGCGCCAGCAGCCCUACCACCAAAUCUAUUGGGUGCCGCACCUGGUAUACCAAAUGUGACCACUGCUGCUGCACCAGUUGUUGUUACACAAACCGCUCUUCUAGCAACACCAACUAUGGGCGCACCUUCAAUGGCUGCAAUUGGUAAUCUUGGUGCUGGUACAGUACUGGGUGCUGAAGCCGCCCAACACGCAGCGGCUGUUGCAGCCGCGGCAGUAAGUGCAAAUGCCGCAGCCGCCGUGGCCGCCGCGAAUAAUGUGACAGCGAUGCAUAACUUACAAUCUGCUAAUUCAGAGCAACUGAAAAAGGCGCACGAGAAGGCACAGCAGGAGGAAUUGCAAAAAAAAUUAAUGGAUGAGGGUGAAACGCAGACGCUACAGCAGCAGGAGAAUAUGUCGAUUAAAGGCCAGAGCGCACGGCAGCUAGUUAUGCAGAGGCUAAUGCGACCACAAGAGUCACGUGUGAUCAUACUGCGAAACAUGGUCGGUCCAGAGGAUGUAGACGAAACACUGCAAGAGGAGAUACAAGAAGAGUGCACAAAAUUCGGCACUGUUAGCCGUGUGAUAAUUUUCAAUGAAAAACAAACGGAGAACGAAGAUGAUGAAGAAGCUGAAAUAAUUGUUAAAAUAUUUGUCGAGUUUUCAAGCGCUAUUGAAGCAAUGCGUGGACGUGAUGCUUUACACGGACGCUUCUUUGGUGGGCGCCGCGUUGUUGCCGAACUAUAUGAUCAAUCACUUUUUGAUCAUGGUGAUCUAUCGGGUUAAAAAUAUAAUUUUCGACGAAAUGAGAAAAAGUGUGCCCAAUAAUAGUGGUAAAAAAUUAAAAGCAUCAUGCUGCAAAUGUAUAUGGUACUGUACCAAAUCCCCGUCAUUGCUUUCAUACUUAAAAAACGAGUGUUUUUUAAGGUUUUCCUUUUAUGUGCACUAAUUGUCUACAGCUGAAGUUUUCUUCGACAUUACCAUUUCUAGUUCCCCCUCCUUAAACCUUUGACCGUUGACGAUGUAAUGAAUGUAUUCGCGUGUAAAAUGGCGUUAAAUUAAGUAAAGAAGAAAUAUUUUAAUUUCUGUAAAAUUACUAAUAAAUAUGUUAAGUAUUUAAACAAUAAUGAAUUAUUUUUUAAUAUC